AUGCUAAGAUUUGCACGUCCUCAAAUCAAGAAGAACCUUGCUUCUCUGGCUCGUACGUACGCUCACAAGGAGCUGAAAUUCGGUGUGGAAGGCAGAGCUGCCCUUUUGAAGGGUGUCGAGACUCUUGCUGAUGCUGUUGCCGUUACCCUGGGUCCAAAAGGUCGUAAUGUUCUGAUUGAACAACCAUUUGGUGCUCCAAAGAUCACCAAGGAUGGUGUCACUGUGGCUAAGAGCGUCAAUCUUGAAGAUAAGUUUGAGAACUUGGGUGCGAAACUUCUGCAAGACGUUGCCUCCAAGACCAACGAGAGUGCCGGAGACGGUACGACUUCUGCCACUAUUCUUGGAAGAGCUAUUUUCUCUGAGUCUGUCAAGAACGUGGCUGCCGGAUGCAACCCUAUGGACCUCAGAAGGGGUUCGCAGGCCGCCGUCGAGGCCGUGAUCGACUUCCUGCAGAAGAACAAGAAAGAGAUCACCACCUCUGCCGAGAUCGCCCAGGUGGCCACCAUCUCUGCCAACGGUGACACCCACAUCGGUAAGCUUCUGGCUUCUGCCAUGGAGAAAGUCGGUAAGGAGGGCGUGAUCACAAUCAAGGAAGGUAAGACCUUGGAGGACGAGUUGGAAGUCACCGAGGGUAUGAGAUUUGACAGGGGCUACAUCUCUCCUUACUUUAUCACUGAGGCCAAGAGUGGAAAGGUUGAGUUUGAAAACCCUCUUCUGUUGCUGUCUGAGAAGAAAUUGUCGUCCAUCCAGGACAUUCUUCCAAGUUUGGAGAUCUCCAACAAGCUGAGAAGACCAUUGCUUAUUAUUGCCGAGGACGUUGAUGGCGAGGCAUUGGCUGCCUGUAUUCUCAACAAAUUGAGAGGCCAGGUCCAGGUUGCCUGUGUUAAGGCUCCAGGCUUCGGAGACAACAGAAAGAACAUUUUGGGCGACAUUGCCAUUUUGUCCGGAGGUACUGUCUUCACUGAGGAGUUGGACAUCAAGCCGGAGAACGCCACUCCAGAACUGUUGGGACAAUGUGGAUCUGUCACGGUCACCAAGGAGGACACUGUCAUCUUGAAUGGUGCCGGAGAGAAGGACAACAUCUUGCAAAGAUGCGAGCAGAUCAAGGGCGCGAUCGAGGACGCUUCGACCUCCGAUUACGAGAAGGAGAAGCUCCACGAGAGACUGGCCAAGCUUUCGGGCGGUGUUGCGGUCGUGAGAGUGGGUGGCUCUUCUGAGGUCGAGGUCGGAGAGAAGAAAGACAGAUACGACGAUGCCCUGUGUGCUACGCGUGCUGCUGUUCAGGAGGGUAUCUUGCCAGGUGGAGGUACUGCUCUCCUGAAGGCAUCCAAGGUUUUGGACCAGAUCGAGGUUGAUAACUUUGACCAGAAGCUGGGUGUGCAGAUCAUCAAGGCUGCCAUCACCAAGCCAGCCAAGAGAAUUGUCGACAAUGCUGGCGAGGAGGGAUCUGUCAUCAUUGGCAAGAUCCUGGACACCUACGGCGACCAGUUCAACCACGGUUACGACAGCUCCAAGGGCGAGUUUGUGGACAUGAUUCAGGCCGGUAUCAUUGAUCCAUUCAAAGUCGUCAAGAGCGGUCUGGUCGACGCCGCAGGUGUUGCCUCCCUGUUGGCUACCACCGAAUGCGCUAUUGUCGACGCUCCAGAACCAAAGGGUCCACCUGCUGCUCCAGCAGGCGGUAUGGGCGGUAUGCCAGGAAUGGGCUUCUAA